AUUCUAAAUGCCUCGUCAUAGAAAAGAUAUUGACGACGGGUUAGAUACCUCAUCAGAAAGUGAUAAAGAGUUGUUUGAAAUAUCUGACACUCUUUUACUGGAGGAAAAAGAAUUAUUUGAAGAUCCUUCACGUCGACAUAAACGUCGUAAAUUUACAAAAGAGGAUGCAUAUCUUGGAAUCUGGGCAGAUUCUGAAGAAGAUCGCCCAAAUCGUAAGAAAAGAGACGUGCGAUUUGUUGCCUCAACUUCGAAAUCAGUUACAAACGAAAAUGAUACAGCAGAAAAACAUAUGUACGUAAUUAUUUAAUUGAAUUUUUAAUUGUAGAUCCGGCUGCAACAAGACUUUUCGAACAAGAUCAACAUCGCUUUCCAAUAAUUACAUACUUUAGUAAUACCGGCACUGAUUAAUUUUGGUAGUCGCUCAAAAAUUUUUUCUCUCCAACUCUAGCGCUUAAUAAUAU